CUUAUCCGCGCCUUACGCUUCUCUCUCCCUCCAAAACCGUUUUUCCGAAUCCCUCACAAACUUCAAAAUUUCCCCUCUCCGCUCUCUUCCCACUCUAGGGUUUCUGCUCUGUUCUCCCUCGUGGCCUCGUCCCACCUUCGCAAAUGGCAAGGUACCGGAGCCGCAGCCGGAGCUACAGCCCCCGCCGCCCUCGCAGCAGGACUCCUCCUCGACUGCGAAAGCGGUACGACGACGAUGGCAGCGACGACGAGCCUCGCGAUCGUUAUCGCGACAGCCGCUCCCGCAGAGACCGACGCUCCCCUCUUCCUUCUGGUUUGCUCGUCCGCAACCUCCCUCUCACCGCUAGGCGUUGAAGAUCUUAGGAUCCCGUUUCAGAAGUAUGGCCCUGUGAAGGAUGUCUAUCUGCCUAAGAAUUACUAUACUGGGGAGCCUCGAGGUUUUGGGUUUGUGAAGUUCCGUCAUGGUGAGGAUGCUGCGAUAGCAAAGGAAAGGCUGAAUCAUAAAGUUAUUGGUGGACGGGAGAUUCGUAUUGUUUUUGCUGAGGAAAACAGGAAAACUCCUCAAGAGAUGUCUUCAACUGGUGGUCGUACAAGCAGUCGACAUGGAGGCGGCAGUAGACGUAGAUCACCACCAAGGUCUCCAAGACGCAGAUUCCGAUCUUCAUCACGUUCUGCCUCCCCACCUAGGAGAGACUCGAGAUCUUUAAUUGAAAGACCCUUGCUAAGUGUUUCGAAGUUAACCCCUGCAUCAGCUAUUGUCUGCAAAAUACUGUUGGCGCACUCGUUCUUUGGUUUUCGAGGCUUGCUACUGUUCAAUGACCUGACUGGCUAAAUGCCGUACAGAGAGAAGGCUAAGAUCAUGGAAGUAUUUGCCCUUUCAUUUGUCUUAUUUUCCUGUUCACUCAAGUUAUACACUUGCUAUCUAUGAAAGACAAUUGUUGAGUUUGAUUGCUGUUUUGCAUAUACGAUCCAGUUAGGAAAAGAAUAUAAAGCUUAUAGUUGGCACAAAGAGUAAUCAUCAUCUUCAAAGAGGGAAAGCUAGUCCAAAGGUUUUACUGGUAGAGAGAUGUCAUGGCAAUGUCCCAGAAAACAAAAGAUAAAUUGAUUUCUUAGGAUGUUGGGGCUAAGAGAUUGAGAACUGUGAAGUUAGCAAGAUGCUGAUCCGGCCAGUACAAUCCUUAUAGAGUUCAGCUCUCAAAGUGUUUGGAUCAAGUCUCAUUAUUUGUACAGGAAUCCUGAAAUGGUAGCAGGGAUAGCAGAGUGAAGGAUGACCACCGGUCUUCAAGAAGAUCUAGAUCACUCUCUAGAUCAUACUCUCCACAAGAUGAAGCGAGAGAGUACAAGUCUAAGAGGAGAUCUCCGAGUCCAGUUUGUAACGGUCAUAUUCCUCGAGAAGCACAGGAUCAUGCCUCUGGCAGAUCGAUGAGUCCUGGGGAUAAUGGACGCAGCCCGCUGUCUCGUUCAAGGUCAUAUGACUAAUGUGCACGUGCCUAAUCGCAAUCCUCUCGUCGCCUGAUCUUCUGUGCACUGCUCUGUUGGAUGCUUGAUGACUGAUGUGAGUCUGUGAGCCUUAGAUGUAAUCAACGUUUUCUUCCAUUCUCCCAGCGUUUAUUUUCUCCCCCUCCCUUACUGUCUUUAGGUCUAGUUUCGUUAGACUGAAUAGUACUCUUUUGAUGCCAGUGGAUGAUGUAAUCUCUCUUUUUUUAUUCUUUUUUAACAUUUUGACUUUGUACAAAUUUGUAGUUUGAUAAACAUGAGGAGAUUCAGCAUAUGCUGUC